UUUCAUAGGAAAUACAAACUCACAGCCAAAGGACGCGCUUGGAUGAACCGUGUAGUUCAACGAAACCCCAUUGAUGACGCCUCUAGAACUUUCCCUUUCCCAAUCAAUUCCAAUACCUAAAACACCGAAUUAUUCCCACCGUCCGAUUCUCAGGGAUUCAUCGUUUCCGAUAAUUUCUUCACGGUGCUCCGCUGUUUAAUACCCACCCCCCAAUCACUUCCCUUCCCCUUUCUUCUUAUUUCCAUUUCCAUUUCCAUUUCCAUCUCCAAAUCUCCUUUCCUUCCAACCCCACCUCUUCCUAUUCACCCAAAAUGUCUGACCCUCAGAUCGCCGCCGGCACCCCCACCGAACACGAUUCUCCCACCCCUCCGACGGAUUCCCAAGUUGGAGAUCAGGCUAAGGAAUCAACCAAAUCACCCAAAUCUUUCAACACCUCCUUCAGCAUUUGGCCUCCUUCCCAACGCACCCGUGACGCUGUCGUCAAACGCCUCGUCGAGACCCUCUCCAACCCUUCGGUUCUCUCCAAGCGCUAUGGCACUGUACCCCAAGAAGAGGCCGCCGAAGCGGCUCGUCUUAUAGAGGAAGAAGCCUAUUCUUUCGCCGCUGGUAAAGCCAGUGCCGACGACGAUGGGAUCGAGAUCCUUCAACUCUAUUCUAGGGAGAUCAGCAAGCGUACGCUCGAGACUGUCAAGGCCAGAGCGGCAUCUGAUUCUACAGCUGAAAACGGUUCGUCACCUCCUGUUGUAUCGACCACCACUAACGAGGAAACCCCAUCUGUUGAACAAUCCUAAUUCGUCUAGGACUUUGUUCUCUUAGAAUGUGAAUUAGGUUUUCAGAAUGGUUCUUGAGGGUUUCUUCUACGGAUAUCUGUUUGUAUUGCUUAUGAAUCUCUGAUGCUUACAUGAGAAUUAUUACCUUUUAAUUUGAA